AUGAAAGUUCUACCCGAGAAGGACUCCGAAUUCACUGAGGCAUCGAUGAAGAACGUUCCCUAUCUACGUGCCUGCAUCAAAGACUGGUACCUGUGUGUCGAUGGUUCCCUGAGCUUGCUAUCAAGCGAGGAGCACUUCCCCAAGGCUGCUGAGUUCCUGCCAGAGCGUUGGAUUCGUAACGCCACAGACUCCAACGGGCAAUGCCCGGCAAAUGACUUGAAGCUGAAGAAUCCGUUUGUGUUCUUGCCCUUCGAUUUGGACCCGGAUGUGCGUUGGAAAGCGCAUCGUGACAUGGAGCUCGAGCUGGGCAUCGCUCGACUCAUUCGGAACUUUAGCAUCGAGUUCAAUCAUCCCACGGAGAACGCUUUCCGCUCCUCCCUGAUCAAUUUGCCCAACAGUAUGAUGGGAGGUACGUCAUACCUGAUGACUCACAAUCCCAAGGACUUCGAGGUCGUGUUCCGGAACGAAGGAGUGUGGCCGCAUCGGCCUGGCAGCGAUACUCUUCGCUAUCAUCGGAAGACUCAUAGAAAGGAUUUCUUCCAGGGAGUGGAGGGAACUUUACCCACACAAGGAAAAACCUGGAGCGACUUUCGAUCGGCUGUAAAUCCUAUCCUAAUGCAGCCGAAGAACGUGCGGCUUUACUAUAAGAAGAUGUCCCAAGUGAACCAGGAGUUUGUGCAACGUAUUAAAGCACUCCGUGAUAUCGAUACCCAGGAAGCUCCAGAUGAUUUCUUAAGCGUUAUAAAUCGGUGGACUCUCGAGUCAGUCUCUGUGGUGGCUCUGGACAAGCAGUUGGGACUGCUCAAAGAGUCGGGCGAUAACGACCAGGCUGUGUUACUUUUCAAGUACCUGGACGAUUUUUUUGAAUUAACAGCCGAUCUGGAGAUGAAGCCCUCCAUCUGGCGUUACGUUAAAACACCCAAGCUAAUAAAGCUAAUGAAGUCCCUAGAUGGCGUUCAAGAAAUAACUUCAGCGUAUGUAGACGAAGCUAUAGAGCGUCUAGAGAAAGAGGCCAAGGAGGGUGUUGUCCGCCCUGAGAGCGAGCAGAGUGUACUGGAAAAGCUGCUCAAGAUCGACAAAAAGGUGGCGACGGUUAUGGCCAUGGACAUGCUAAUGGCCGGAGUGGAUACCACCUCAAGUACCUUUACAGCGGCCUUGCUGUGCCUUGCCAAGAAUCCGGAGAAGCAGGCCGUACUCCGAGAAGAGGUGAUGAAGGUUCUACCCGAGAAGGACUCCGAAUUCACUGAGGCAUCGAUGAAGAACGUUCCCUAUCUACGUGCCUGCAUCAAAGAGUCACAACGGAUCUAUCCUUUGGUCAUCGGCAAUGGCCGAUUUCUCAAUCGGGACAGCGUUUUGAGCGGAUACCAAGUGCCAGCUGGUACCUGUUUGUCGAUGGUUCCCCUGAGCUUGCUAUCAAGCGAGGAGCACUUCCCCAAGGCUGCUGAGUUCCUGCCAGAACGUUGGAUUCGUAACGCCACAGACUCCAACGGGCAAUGCCCGGAAAAUGACUUGAAGCUGAAGAAUCCGUUUGUGUUCUUGCCCUUCGGAUUUGGACCCCGGAUGUGCGUUGGAAAGCGCAUCGUGGACAUGGAGCUCGAGCUGGGCAUCGCUCGACUCAUUCGGAACUUUAGCAUCGAGUUCAAUCAUCCCACGGAGAACGCUUUCCGCUCCUCCCUGAUCAAUUUGCCCAACAGCCCAAAACUUUCGGCAGUCUACCGACCAUUCCAUGCCCAAUAA